CCAACAGUACAUCCUCCUUCGUUCAACAAACAACAAAACCGAGAACAAACCCUCGCAGCCAAUACAAUCCCGCCACGUCGCCCCCACCUAAAUUUCAACUCUCUAUAAAACCCCCCCUCUCUCCUCUCUUAUCUUCCCCUCUCCUCCUCCUCCUCCUCCUCCAUUUCCUAGGGUUUCAUCUCACCACAAAUGGCACACACAGCUUCCCAAACCCACGGCCUGAGACCCACCGGCCCAAUCCACCGCCCCUCCAAAACCAUCUUCUUCGGCCGAGGCCUCAACUCCCACUCCCUCACUUUCCUAAACCCCAGGCCCUCUUUCCCCAAAUUGGAAACCCCGCGCUACAGAAACCGAAAGCCGUUCACGGUUUUUGCGGAGAAGGUGGUUGGGAUUGACCUAGGCACAACGAACUCUGCGGUGGGGGCCAUGGAGGGGGGCAAGCCGGUAAUUGUGACGAAUGUGGAGGGGCAGAGGACGACGCCGUCUGUGGUGGCGUAUACGAAGAAUGGGGAUAGACUGGUGGGCCAGAUUGCCAAGAGGCAGGCGGUGGUGAACCCCGAAAACACGUUUUUUUCGGUGAAGAGGUUUAUUGGGAGGAAGAUGUCUGAGGUCAAUGCCGAGUCCAAGCAAGUUAGUUAUAAUGUGGUUAGGGAUGAGAAUGGGAAUGUUAAGCUCGAUUGUCCCGCUAUUGGGAAGCAGUUUGCUGCUGAGGAGAUUUCUGCUCAGGUUUUAAGAAAGCUUGUGGAUGAUGCGUCUAAGUUCUUAAAUGAUAAGGUCACUAAAGCUGUUGUCACAGUUCCUGCUUACUUUAAUGAUUCCCAAAGGACAGCAACGAAGGAUGCUGGUCGCAUUGCUGGCCUUGAAGUUCUUCGAAUUAUCAAUGAACCUACUGCAGCCUCUUUAGCAUAUGGUUUUGAGAGGAAGAACAACGAGACUAUUCUUGUUUUUGACCUCGGAGGAGGCACCUUUGAUGUCUCAGUCCUUGAAGUUGGUGAUGGAGUGUUUGAAGUGCUUUCUACAUCUGGAGAUACACAGUUAGGUGGGGAUGACUUUGAUAAGAGAGUUGUAGAUUGGCUGGCUUCAUCCUUUAAGAAUGAUGAGGGCAUUGAUCUCUUGAAGGACAAACAAGCCCUUCAGCGUCUGACUGAGACAGCAGAGAAAGCAAAGAUGGAGCUUUCAUCUCUGACUCAGGCCAAUAUUAGUUUGCCCUUUAUCACAGCCACAGCAGACGGUCCUAAACACAUAGAGACUACCCUUACACGGGCGAAAUUUGAAGAAUUAUGCUCAGAUCUACUUGACAGGCUUAAAACACCUGUUCAAAAUUCUCUGAGAGAUGCAAAGCUCUCUUUUAGUGAUAUUGAUGAAGUGAUUCUUGUUGGGGGGUCAACUCGUAUUCCAGCUGUUCAGGGAGUUGUAAAAUCUUUGACAGGAAAGGAACCUAAUGUCACUGUCAAUCCCGAUGAAGUUGUUGCACUUGGAGCUGCUGUUCAGGCUGGUGUUUUGGCUGGAGAUGUUAGUGAUAUUGUUCUUUUGGAUGUAACGCCUCUAUCCAUUGGGUUAGAAACUCUUGGCGGUGUUAUGACAAAGAUUAUUCCCCGGAACACAACUUUACCCACUUCAAAAUCUGAGGUAUUUUCAACGGCUGCUGAAGGACAGACGAGCGUGGAGAUUAAUGUUCUUCAAGGCGAGAGGGAGUUUGUUAGGGACAACAAGUCUCUUGGCAGCUUCCGGCUAGAUGGAAUCCCUCCUGCUCCACGUGGGGUUCCUCAGAUCGAAGUAAAGUUUGAUAUUGAUGCAAAUGGUAUCCUUUCUGUCACUGCUCUUGACAAGGGUUCUGGCAAGAAGCAAGAUAUUACUAUAACUGGUGCUAGCACCUUGCCUACUGAUGAGGUAGAGAGAAUGGUUUCAGAAGCGGAGCGGUUUUCAAAGGAAGACAAGGAAAAGAGAGAUGCUAUCGAUACAAAGAAUCAGGCUGAUUCUGUAGUUUACCAGACCGAGAAGCAGUUGAAGGAACUGGGAGACAAGGUUCCUGCACCUGUGAAGGAGAAGGUUGAGGCAAAACUUGGGGAGCUAAAAGAAGCCAUAGCUGGAGGUUCAACCCAACCAAUAAAGGAUGCCAUGACUGCACUGAAUCAGGAAGUCAUGCAACUUGGCCAGUCACUAUACAACCAGCCAGGUGCAGCACCUGGUGCUGGUCCAACACCUAAUGGCGCAGAUGGUUCAUCAGAAUCGACAGGAAACAAUGGUCCUGAAGGAGAUGUUAUCGAUGCAGAUUUUACAGAUAGCAAGUAAGAGACAACAACAUAAGAUAGAUUUAUUAAACAUUAUUUUUUGGAUUCGGUAAAAUAUGAUUGGCUUGAUUAUUUGUUUGCUGGUCCUUCAGUGUGAAACAAAUUUAUAGUUACUAUAGGUCCAAAGGAUCCUGACCCGGUGUCCAAAUGGAUGGUGUAACAUCUUCGAUCAGUGAACACCUGCUUCUGUUAUAUGUAUUUCCUCUCAUGAAAUAGCAAAGUGCCAUUGGUUA